AAUCUCCCUUUUCAAGUGAUAUCCGCAGAAAAAACAACACGUGUGUACGUUUUGAUAACUUUUGUUGAAUUUCGUUGCAAUUUUAGCAAAAUUCAACCAAAAUGCGUAUAGAAACGUGUUAUUUUUGCUCAAGUAAAGUUUACCCGGGACACGGGAUACAAUUUGUGCGUAAUGACUGCAAGAUUUUCAGAUUCUGUCGCAGUAAAUGCCACAGAGCAUUCAAGCGGAAGAAGAACCCGCGCAAAGUACGAUGGACCAAGGCGCACCGCAAAGCAGCGGGUAAGGAACUUUCUAUUGACCCCAGCUUCGAAUUCGAGAAACGCCGCAACGUUCCAGUUAAAUACAGCCGCGAAGCGUGGCAGAAAACACUCGAUGCGAUUAAGAAGGUUACCGAGAUUAAGGAACGUCGCCAAGACCACUUUGUCAUGCAGCGCUUACGCAAGGGACGAGAAGUGGAAAUACAGAUGGAUGUGAAAGAUGUACAGCGCAAUAUUUCCCUGAUACGUUCCCCAGCCGCUGGCCUUAAAGAGCGUCGCGCCAGGGAAGAAGCCCAAGAAGCUGCCCUCAUGGAUGAGGAUCUACCUGAAGAAGAAAUCACCUAUGUAGAUGCACGCGAAUUGGAAAAGAAACUAGAGGAAGGCGCAACCAUGGAGGACAUUGAGAUGAUGAAAGCCUAAACAGGAAACAGCGUGUGCUACGGGGGGUUAGAUAUAAGACUUAUGUUUGAUUAAAAAUGAUUUACUGCUAAUUUAUAAACAGCUUUUGACAAAAAUA